GCUAAACAUUGUUACGUAACUUCUUUUUUGUCUUGUUGUUCUUCCGCUGCUUCCGUCGCGCAAGCUACAGCGAGGGGAGGAGGAAGCGGCAGCACUGACCGGGGCAGCAUGUCGCUGUACGAUGAUCUCGGUGUCGGUGCAAGCGACACCAAGACCGAAGGCUGGUCCAAGAACUUCAAGCUGCUCCAGUCUCAGCUGAAAGUGAAGAAAGCGGCCCUGACCCAGGCUAAGACUCAGCGGAUGAAGCAGACCACCGUUCUGGCUCCUGUUAUCGAUCUGAAGAGAGGAGGUUCCAGUGACGACCGGCUCAGCACAGACACUCCUCCACACGCCGCCGUUGGACUCAAGGAUGCGGUUCCCAGCGGAUUCUCCUCCGGGGACGUUCUGAUCCCGCUGGCCGACGAGUACGACCCCAUGUUCCCCAACGACUACGAGAAGGUGAUGAAACGCCACCGGGAAGAGAUGCAGCGCAAGAGGGAGCAGGAACGACAGAAGGAGAUCGAAGAGAGGGAAAAGAGGAGGAAAGAGAGACACGAAGGCGGCGCUCCCAGCGGCUUCUCUCGUUUCCCGGCAACAGAAGAAGACUCGGAUGAGGAUGAAGAGUACGAGAAAGAGUGGAGGAAACGAAGUAUGGGCGGAGCAGCCAUUGCCCCUCCUUCGUCGCUGGUGGACAGAGAAGGCCCGGCUCCAUACGCCUACGAAGACGAAGGUCGUCCCGGCAAAGGUGCCAAGGCCGCCAUCCCUCCUCCCAUGUACGAGGACUCAGAGCGGCCGCGCUCGCCGCCCGGCCCCACCAGCUCCUUCCUGGCCAACAUGGGCGGUACGGUGGCCCAUAAGAUCAUGCAGAAGUACGGCUUCAAAGAGGGCCAGGGCCUCGGCAAGCAUGAGCAGGGCCUGAGCACGGCGCUGUCUGUGGAGAAGACCAGCAAGAGGGGGGGGAAGAUCAUCAUCGGGGACGCCGCAGAAAAACCAGGGUCGAGCCAGUCAGGGGCUGCUGAUCCUUCCAUCGGAGGCUCUGCAGCGGACCCCUCCAAGAAGUCGGAGGCCAAUCCCUUGACGGAGAUUCUGAAAAACCCGACCAAAGUGGUUCUGCUCAGGAACAUGGUGGGUCGAGGAGAAGUGGACGAAGACUUGGAGGGGGAGACGAAAGAAGAGUGCGAGAAAUACGGCAAAGUGGUGAAAUGUGUCAUUUUUGAGAUCGCCGACGUUCCCGAUGAUGAAGCCGUCAGGAUAUUCCUAGAAUUUGAGCGGGUGGAGUCGGCCAUCAAAGCCGUUGUGGAUCUAAAUGGACGUUAUUUCGGGGGUCGAGUUGUCAAGGCCUGCUUCUACAAUCUAGACAAGUUUCGUGUUUUGGAUCUCGGGGAGCAGGUGUGAUGUCUGCCAGCUGACCCCGUGAGGCGACGGCAACCUCCCCACCUGUACAUAUGUUUUUCUUUUAUAAACAGCAAUGUAUAUGUAGUAAUAAUGAUUCUGUCAUUUAGUGUUUUCUUGUGAUUAUUAAAUACCUUUAUGCCAAUACAAAAUAAAAGGUGUAAACCAA